UGGUCAGAAUGGUGAGAGGCGGGACUAAGACUCUGGCCUGUAAACCCACAGGCUCCGUUAUCCCUCAGAUAAAGCAGCUAGCAUUAUCUCGGUGUUUUGGUGAAAUUCCUUCAGUUUAUAUGACGUCACGGCACACGGACACGCACGCGGACACGCGCAGAGCUGUGCGGGCUUCUAUUUUCGGUCAGACCUGAGGAGUUUAAGGGAUUUUUAGUGAAGGGGCGUGUGUUAGCCACAGGAGGCUAGCUUCAGCUAAGUGUUUGUAUCCACUGGGCUCAUUAGUUAUUCAUGAGGGCGCAUUGCUAUUGGUGGAAGGACAGGAGGGGGCGGGGAUUGUUUUAGAGGCGAAAGCUGUUUGGAUCCAUUUCCAUAAACUAGAGGAAGAGGAGGAGACACGAUCUCUGAUUGGCUGAGCCCUCAUCAGGAUGUCUCAGGAAAAAUACCCUGUCAGACUAAGCCCCGCCUUCCCCGCUCCUGUCAGCCUAUCAGAGCAGCUGGAUAAGCCCCGCCCUCCCAUCAAUCCUAAAAAUGGCCACCUGCCCCCCCCUCCUCCUCCUGCAGCCAAUCAGAGGAUCAGGAAGAGGCGGUUCUCCGUGGGCUUUAAAGGAGUGGCCAAACGCCGUCGCCGUGCCAACAGUGAGAGCCAGGCGGAGCCGGUGCUGCCGAGUCACUUCCUGUUGGGGGGGAACAUCUUCGACCCGCUGAACCUGAACUCCCUGCUGGACGAGGAGGUCAACAGGGCGACCAAUCAGGAGACGCCGCGCUGCUCCCCCCUGCCGUCCCGCAGCAGAGACGCCGUGGAGAUCCUGGUCCCCCGGGACGUCACCGACCCCCUGAACCUGAGGGGGGAGGACGGGGACGCCGCCACCGUCCUGCUGUCCCCCCUAAAGUCCCGGAGGAGACACCGCUACCGACAGCAUGGGGGAGGAGGGGAGAAGGAGGAGACGCCGGCCAGGCUGUUCCUGCCCUCAGCAGGACCCUCAGUUCCUGCGUCUCCUCUGUCCUGUGAGCUCAACACCUCCAUCACCUGCCGGGACGACUUGGCUCCGCCCCCCAUCCUGCCACGCAGACACACCCACCCCCCUCCUGGGAGCCGCCGCCGCCGCACCGCCUCCACCAGGUCGGCUGACGGAGGCGUUACCGUGGAAACCACAAAGCUGGCAGCCAAGUUCCAGACGCCACUGGUGGGAGGGGCUAAAGCCAGCAGGUGUGGAGGACCUGGUCUUGGCUCCGUCCCCACAUCAGAGAGGAAGAAGGCCCUGCAGCGCUACCGGCACGGGAACCGCUGCCGUUACUAUGGCUACUACGGUUUCUACGGCGACAGCCACGAGGGGCGGGUGGGGGCGGAGCCUGACCCGCGGCUCCGCCUCCUGGAAGCCGAUUGGUUCAGAGACCGGACGGUUCUGGAUGUGGGCUGCGGCGCCGGUCACAUGACGCUGGCCAUCGCCAGGAGCUUUAACCCCGCCCACAUCCUGGGGGUGGAGCUAGACGAGCGGCUGGUCCACGCCGCCAGGCAGAAUGUUCGUCACUUCCUGUCACAUGACCUGGUGGCGGCACACAGACAGGAAGUGAUGCGGGCGCCGCCUCCCCUCCCCGUGUCCUUCAGGGUCAGUCGGGGUCCUCUCUCAGCUCCGCCCCUUCUGCCGCCAUCAUCAUCCUCCUCCAGGUUCCCCGACAACGUCACCUUCAUCCAGGGCAACUACGUGUGUGAGGGGGAGGUGUGGCCUGGGAGGGGCCAUUAUGACAUCAUUGUGGCUCUGGGCGUCACCAAGUGGGUGCAGCUGCAGUCAGGUGACCGGGGCGUGGUCCGGCUGUUCAGACGGGCCUAUCAGAGCCUGUCGCCGGGCGGAACGCUGAUCCUGGAGCCGCAGCCCUGGAGCGGCUACGGCCGCAGCAAGAGGGACUCGACGCUACGUCACUUCAGAACCCUGAGGCUCCGACCAGAACUAUUCACCUUCCUGCUCACCAACACCAUCGGCUUCACCUCCUACAGACCGCUCACACACACAGGUAACCAGAGACCCAUCUACCUGUUCCACAAGGGCUCCACCCACAGGAAGUGACAUCACUGAUUGAUCUGCUUGGACUGCAGUGCCUCAGGAGGAAGUGAUGUCAUCUCUGCAGGGGGUCAGACUGAACUGAGCAUGCUCCGUGGGACCUCACUCUGAUUGGACAUUAACAGCAGACAGAAAGUGACUGAACUUUUCAAAAUAAAACCUGAUUCUUCUAGGUCUUUUUCAUAAUAAAGUGAGCUGAGCUGC